AUGGCGGACGGCAAGUACUUCUCGACAACAAAGAGGGGCGAGAUCCACGAGCUCAAGGAAGAGCUCGCCAGCCUCGAUAAAGGAAAGAAGAAGGAGGCGGUCAAGAAGGUGAUCGCCGCGAUGACCGUGGGCAAGGACGUCUCGAUGCUGUUCCCCGCAGUGGUGAACAACAUGCAGACUGAGGACCUGGAGCUCAAGAAGCUGGUGUAUCUGUAUUUGAUCAACUACGCCAAGACGCAGCCAGACCUGGCGAUUAUGGCCGUCAACACGUUUGUCAAGGCGCGCCGGGGCUCGCACGGGUCGUCAGCACAGUGCCGCGCCGGUGUCCAGCGUGCGCUUAGCCUGAUAGGCGUCCAGCAGUGGUCAGACUCCCAGGACCCCAACCCCCUGAUUCGGGCGCUGGCGGUGCGCACCAUGGGCUGCAUCCGCGUGGACAAGAUCACAGAGUACCUCUGCGACCCCCUGCAGCGCUGCCUCAAGGACGACGACCCCUACGUGCGCAAGACGGCGGCUGUGUGCGUGGCGAAGCUGUACGACAUCAGCGCAGAGCUGGUGGAGGAUCGCGGCUUCCUGGACAUGCUCAGGGAGAUGCUGUCUGACGCCAACCCGAUGGUGGUGGCCAACGCCAUCGCGGCGCUGUCUGAGAUCCAGGAGCAGGGCGGCCAGGAGGUGCUGCAGAUCACGCCCCACACGCUGUUCAAGCUGCUGGCGGCGCUGAACGAGUGCACAGAGUGGGGGCAGCUCGCCCUCUCCCCAAACAACAACGGGAAGGUGUUUAUCCUGGACUGCCUGGCGGGCUAUGACAUGUCAGACCCCAAGGACGCCGAGAAGAUCGCGGAGAGGGUGCUGCCGCGCCUGCAGCACGCCAACAGCGCGGUGGUGCUGUCCGCAGUCAAGGUGAUCAUGCGCGCCAUGGACGUCGUCCCCAGCGAGGACCUGGUCAAAGCGUGGUCGAAGAAGAUGGCGCCCCCCCUGGUGACGCUGCUGUCCAGCGAGCCCGAGGUGCAGUACGUGGCCCUCAGGAACAUCAACCUCAUCGUACAAAAGAGGCCCUCCAUCCUCGCGCACGAGGUCAAGGUGUUUUUCUGCAAGUACAACGACCCCCUGUACGUCAAGAUGGAGAAGCUGGAGGUCAUGAUACGCCUCGCCAACGACAAGAACAUCGACCAGGUCCUUCUUGAGCUGAAGGAGUAUGCCCAGGAGGUGGACGUGGACUUUGUGCGCAAGGCCGUGCGCGCCAUCGGGCGGUGCGCCGUGAGCCUGGAGGCCGCCGCGGAGCGCUGCAUCAACGUGCUGCUGGAGCUGAUCAAGUCAAAAGUCAACUACGUGGUGCAGGAGGCCGUCAUCGUCAUCAAGGACAUCUUCCGGCGCUACCCCAACCGCUACGAGUCCAUCAUCGCCACGCUGUGCGACAACCUCGAGAGCCUGGACGAGCCCGAGGCUAAGGCAUCCAUGAUCUGGAUCAUCGGUGAGUAUGCGGAGCGCAUUGACAACGCUGACGAGCUGCUGGAGACCUUCCUCGAGACCUUCCCCGAGGAGACGGCCCCGGUGCAGCUGCAGCUGCUCACGGCCACAGUCAAGCUCUUCCUCAAGAAGCCGACAGAGUCUGCGCAGCGCAUGAUCCAGCUGGUGCUGAGCGCAGCCACCACGGAGACAGACAACCCCGACCUCAGGGACAGGGCCUACGUCUACUGGAGGCUGCUCAGCACAGACCCAGAGGUGGGGGGCCCGCAGGAACGGACGAUUUUGGCCCGCGGCAG